UUCCGGUCAUGCCGCCGGCACGGAUACAAAUAUGGACAAAGCAUGGCUCGAGAAUGUUAAGCAGCUUCAAGCUUGUUGGUACACGUCUCAAAUACUUACGUCCAUCCCAUGGCGUCUGUCCUGGUCCCAGUUUUAUACGUUGGAAUAGUCAUUUCAAGUCUAUUGCUAUUCAGCCAUUUCAAUAGAAAACGCAACGCAGGCAAGAUAUACGAUCCAUAUUUUCCUUCGCAUCCAGAGCGCGAUGUCUACGUUACCUUGCUGCAGAAGAGCGACCCUCCAGCUCAUGAAGCCCUUCUCAAAGCCGCUCUUGUUCGCCGUGCAAUGACAGACGUCUCCCGCGUGGUCAAACUGCGUGAAGACAAGCCAGCUCUACAAAACCUACUACAGAAAGGAUCAAUUGGCGAUGACCUCUGGAACAGUCUCCUGCAGGCAGAAAAAGAACUGGAAUCAGAGAUCAUGGAGGUCGUUGCAGAAGCUAAUACCUUUGUUGAGGGAUGGGGAACUAUAAUAUUCCAGUCAGCAGGCGAAAUGAUCGCGAAUGAGAAGAUGCGCAACGUCUAUGAGGAGACUGCAGCAUCUAGAACGGCAAAAGAACAAAAGUAUGGCAAAGUAGGAGCCAAGAUCGACCUCCCUCUACCACAGUCACUCCUCAUGUCGGGACCGCCACCACCUGGUCACCCUGCUCAUGCUGCCGCGCUCGCGGCAGCUAGAAGUGCUCCUGGUUCUCGUCCUGGAACUCCUGUCAAGCCUCCAAACAGUCUUAUGCCACCCCCCACUACAAAGGCGGAGAGCGUGGCGUCAAGCGAUGGCGAGAGUCAUGAUACCGUGUCUCCUUCGAAAUCUUCCAAGAAGAAGGGCAAGAAACGGAAGUGAUCCCCUCCUUACAUAAUUUACAUACCUUGUCAAUUACAUGCGAUGACAUUUCUUGCUGGAAGU